CUGCGACCGCAACGGGGACGGUGGUGGAAUGGUGGAAUGGAAAUCCGACGUGAAUCAGUUCGAUCUGUUUAACCCCCCAAGGUCGGCCAUGUUCUUGAAGGAUGAUGAUUUGAUGGGCGGCGAGGGAUAUAUGUUGACGGAUCAUCAUUAUAUGGAUUCAAGAGACAACGGUGAUCACGUUUGUGAUGCAUGGGAAAGAAUUGAUCAUACUUUGCCAUCACCCACACCCUCUGAAGAUGUUCUGGAAUCCCUCUCGGGCUCAAUCAACACAGCUGUCGCUGCCGGCAAAGACAAACAAGGGCCCAAACCGAAAGCCGUCCGAGCACCACGCAAAAGGAAGGCUCCAGGCGAGAAGGCAGACAGACUAAAGUUGCCAAAGCUCACCAAGCCGUUGAGUGAGCUAACAAGAGACUACCACCACCUUCCCGUACGGAAUAUGGAGAGCUGGGUCACUCGGUCGGCCGAAACACGCUGGCAGGAGGUCGAGAAGCGAGGAGGAUACGUCACUCGGCCCAUGAACUCGUUUAUGCUGUACCGUUCCGCCUACGCCGAACGCACAAAGUUGUGGUGCUUGCAGAACAACCACCAAGUGGUCUCCUCCGUCAGUGGCGAGAGUUGGCCGCUGGAACCGCCAGCGGUACGGGAGAAAUACAACGAAAUGGCGAAACUGGAACGGUUCAACCAUCAAGCCGCACAUCCCGGUUACAAAUUUUCUCCCAGCAAAGCACAAAACAACUCCCGCAAACGCAAGUGUUCCAAAGCCGCUGCUGAAGAGAAGGCGGCCGGGGCUGAAGGCGAUAUCACCGAUCUCGACGACCUAGACCUAGGCCUAGAUCUCGCCCUCGUCGGUUCGGCCUCCAGCUCCUCUGCUAAGAAACCCCCUGCGAGCAGAAAACGCCCUCAGAAAUCAACAGGAGCAGGAGCAGGAGUGGGAACAGGAGUAGGAGCAGGAGUAGGAGCAGGAGCAGCGGGGAACAACUCAUUGGUAUACCUCAAUUUCCCCUACGACCUCGAAGCGGGAGGUGCCCACCGCUCGUCUUUCAACCACACAAACCCUGGGAAGACCCCACCGGCGUGUAUGGGUACACAGGACAUGGCGGGACAAUACUACCAAACCACGGUCCGAGCCUCGUCGUCUGCCGUCCCGAUCUCAAACCUUGAUGGUAGUGCGGUAAUAGAAGACGUAACCAUCCGCAGAGCGCAAGCACCGGGUUCAGGCUCACACUACAUUCCGCAGCAGCCACGAACGCACGUCAAGACGGAGGCCUUCGACGACGGCGAUGAUAACUCCAACGUCGACCCGCUGCUCCUGGGCGACCAGUACCAGCUCCUGCCGAGCCACUACAUGCACGACCCUAACGGCGGCGGAGACGGAGACGGCAGUAGAGCAGUCGACUUCGAACCGCUCUUUGCCAGCCAGAUCUUGGAGAGCGCUGGCACGGAGGGGCCGUUCGAUGCCGAGUUUGUGCGAGAACUGCCGGGAUACUGCGACGACAUGGAGGGAUUUCUGGAUGAUGUCGAGCCCUGGGCGGUCGAGGGCGCGGAUGGCGCUGAGCUCUGCUACGAUGAGUGGCUAGAAGGCAGCGGUGUUUGA